GGGAGGGCUCGGAGCAAGUAUGGCUGUGGAAGGGAAGAAUGAAAAAAAGAGAAAGCGGAAUGCCGAGUCGGGAGAGAAGCUGGGCGGCGGCGUUGGCGGGCAUCAGGCAGGAGACUACUUGGUGGGACAGGUGGCCGGCAGCUUAGCCCAGGGCAGGCGGCCCUCGGGAGGCGGCGCGGCUCGACUGGCGGCCCUCUUCAGCUCGGCAGAACCCCACGUUCAACCCGUGUAUGUGCCUGUGUCUAAAGAAACCACUAAAAAAAGAAGGCGGGAGGAUGAGGAGGAGGAAGAAAGAGCAUCCCAGACUGCAAGACCUGUGCUGCCAGAACAUGCCAAAAAAGUCGCAGUGAAGAAGAAAGUCUCCACAGCAGACGAAAAUUUGGCAAACAGGGAAAGUGCGCUAGCAACUGCUGAUUUAGAAGAAGAAAAUCAACAGACAAAAGGACACAAAAGGAAAAAUACACAACCCAAAGUUAAAGGAGCAGCUGGAAAAGUACUGGAUGAUGCAGAUCAUAGCUUGGAUGUUAGUCAAAGAAAGAAAAGUCAAAUCAACAAGGAAGAAGAGCGAUUAAAGAAUGAGAGAACCGUGUUUGUUGGCAACUUACCUGUCACAUGUAAUAAGAAGAAACUGAAGUCAUUUUUUAAGGAGUAUGGGCCAAUAGAAUCUGUACGAUUUCGUUCCCUGAUUCCAGCAGAGGGAACUCUAUCCAAAAAGUUGGCAGCAAUCAAGCGUAAAGUUCAUCCUGAUCAGAAAAAUAUUAAUGCUUAUGUUGUGUUUAAGGAUCAGGGUGCUGCCACCAAAGCACUGGCAAGAAAUGGAACCCACAUUGCAGAUGGAUUUCGUAUUAGAGUUGAUCUCGCAUCUGAGACCUCAUCUAGAGACAAAAGAUCAGUGUUUGUGGGGAACCUCCCUUACAAGGUUGAAGAAUCUGCUGUGGAAGAGCACUUUUUGGAUUGUGGGAGUAUCGUGGCUGUGAGGAUUGUGCGAGACCAGGUUACAGGAAUUGGCAAAGGCUUUGGCUACGUGCUCUUCGAGAAUAAAGAUUCUGUUCUUCUUGCUCUGAAACUAAACAAUUCGGAACUAAUGGGAAGAAAACUCAGAGUCAUGCGGUCUGUUAACAAAGAAAAGUUAAAUUCAAAGUCAAAACAUUCAGAUCCACUUAUGAAGACUGGCAGUAAACCUAAGCAAAGACUUAAUUUUGCUUCCAAAAAUAUAGGACAUUCUAAAGGUUUGUUUAUUGGAGAGAAAGCAGUGUGUGCUAAAAAGAAGAAGAAAGGCCAGAAGAAAAGUGGACCAGUUAAGAAGCAAAGAAAACAGAAGUAGCAGUCAGAAACUGGACUUCUUUGAUCCCCUCUGAGCUCUGCUAAUGAAACAGGGUGAACCUGUGUAUUGGGUUUGCUCAUUUUUCACGUCUGGAGUGUAUGAAAUGUGGGCACGUGUGCAUUCUUACUCGUGUACGUUGUAAAUACCGCCUCUGAAGCACUCAGGAUGUAGUAGAACAUGGAAGAUGUGCCACUACUGAUGGUAGUGAUGAUUUCAAGCCUAAAAUGAGCAUUUAGAAUUUUAAUAAUA